AUGUACCGGGGAAAUCAUGUUAGAAUUCUCUUCACUGUGACUCUGGUUUGGCAGGCUGUUCAUUUGGGAAAUGGCCAUGGAAAAGAAGAACAUGAAGAUGUGAAAAGUCUCAAUGCUACAGCACAGAAGCAACAGCCUGAGAACGAAGGGGCUAUUAUAAAUGCUCUCAGUGACAUGAAUCAGAGUUAUGAAAGCAGAAAGGAACAGAAUUCCAGGGUAUUGGUACCUUUCACUGGGAUUACAGAGAGUAAAAAACUGAGCAGGCAGUGCUGCCAGAAUGGAGGGACCUGUAUCCUAGGGGCUUUCUGUGCCUGCCUAAAGCAUUUCACUGGCAGGUAUUGUGAACAUGAUGAGCGCAACUGCGGCAGCAUUGCCCACGGUGCCUGGGUGCUGAAGGGCUGUUGGCUGUGUCGGUGCGGCUAUGGUACUCUGAACUGUCUCUCGGAAAUAAUGCAUGAUAAUUGUGAACUGAAAUCAGAAAAAGAGGAUAUUACCAGACUAUAUUCUAAUGGACUAAGAUUACAGCAAACAGUGUUAGCACUCAUUUGGCUGCUCACCAUCCUCCUGGAGCUCUGCUGCUGGCAGUUGUGA